AUGACGCAAUCUAAGAAAGAAGAGCUGAUGCGUGUAAUAACGGGAGAUUUUCUCAUUAAAGAGAUUUUGAACCCGUACGACCCCUCUUUUACUGAAAGAGAAUUUUCGAUUCAAAAGAAUCUUCUAGAUGAAAGGAUUGUUCGUGUUUAUUAUAAGAGUGGAAAUAUGAUAUUUAUGGAAUAUGUAAAAGGUGCCGAUUUAUUUAGUAAGCCUCGAUCUUGGAAAGGCAAUUCAAAGAUAUUCGCUUAUAUUUUCAAAGAAAUUGCUGAAGGUGUUAAAUUUAUGCAUCAAAAUGGGAUUGUGCAUGGGGAUUUGAAGUCUGAAAAUAUUUUGAUAUCAAAAAAAGGCGAUGUUAAAAUCGCAGAUUUUGGUGGAGCUGUGGAGAUCAAAAGAGUUAAUGCAAAAGGAGCUGGAAAAACAGAAAGAACUGAUUUGGGCGAAAAGCCAUAUUCAACUAAAGAGUAUACUUUUACUAGUACCAAAGGAUUUUGUGCGCCAGAGCUUAUCGACGAAAAGUCUGUGGAGCCAAAAGAAUUUAUGGAAAUAGUUAUCGGCAAAAAAGAGGUUACACAAGGAUGGAUUGCGCUAAAAAAUGAUGGAGAGUUAAACUUUAAGGUCAAAUCUGAUAGUUUUCCCACCAAAAGAUCUGAUGUAUUCUCCUUUGCAGCUACGGUUGUUGACUUCUUUAUAACUAAAGAUGGAGCCAGGUACGACCGUAAUUAUUAUGCUUUUCAAGAUGAUCAAGAAAAGGAUCAAAAAGGGCUUAACAAAUAUAGAGAUAUCUUUAAUUUACUAAAAAAAAUUGAUCGCAAGUUGGCCAAAAUCAUUCACCAGGCUCUUGAUCCAUCUCCUGAGAAAAGACCCAAUAUUGAAAAAAUCCUCGAAUGUCUCAAAAAGUUAGACUGUUGCACCAAAGAUGAAUUCAAAGAGUUUGCUGCAAAAUUUGAAGAGCCUAAAAUGAUUCCUUAUAAAAAACGAUCUAAUAAUGAUUCAGGAAACUCGGAUAUUGAAAAAAAAAAGCUAAAAACAGAUUGCGACUAUUCCUCAAUAAAAUUAUCUUUUUAG